AUGGAAGUCCGAACUGAUGAAAUUACCGAAAAACCUAUUGUGGACGAAACGUCGGAUGAGGACAGGUCUCAUAUGAGAUCAAUUCUCACUCCAUUCUUUACCAACAAUUCAUUGAAAAUAAUGUUCAGAGUGAUGUCAGAAAGUUCUGAAAAUUUCGUGAACCAUUUUCUGAACAAAAAUCAGGAUUUGAUCGAAUUGGAAAUGUUUGAUACUGUCACUCGUUAUGUGAACGAUGUGAUGGCAACAUCAGUAUUUGGUACUGAAGUAGACUCUCUGAAAAAACCAGAUAACGAAAUGUACUUCAUGGGGAGGAAAGCAACAGACUCCACUGGAAUUCUGAGAAAGAUAAAACUCUAUUGUUACUCCACAUUACCCACUAUUUUCAAGUUUUUGGAGAUGUCACUCAUAAGCAGAGAAGUGACACGAUUUUUCGAUCGCAUGAUUGGCAACGUUAUUCGUGAGAGAUUCGUCAAUCGAAACAUACGUUACGAUAUGAUCCAACUGGCAAUGGAAGCAAUAGAGAAAAAUGAGCGAACCGAAGAAGAAUCAUUCGAAAAAGUCACUAUAGACGAGAGCAAGCAAUCUCGAGAAUGCUAUUUGUUCCAACAGGUAUUGAGGGAAUGUGGCCAAGUGGAACAACAACUAGCUCGAGAAUUUGCUGAACACGAAUUGAAGGUGCAGGAAUUGGUUUACGAUCCUUUGCAACAUGUUCUUGAGAAUGAGUUUCCCAAUAUCUUGAAACUCAAAAAUAACUUGAGGAAAUACUGUCUCGAUAAAGACUCUGCUAGUCAUCGAUACCAG